AUCGUUUGGCUGUGUGAUCGAAUCAUUAUUUUUUAAAAAUUGAAUUUGUUUUAAUUUUAAAUAUUUUUAGAUGAUUUUAAUAUAUUAAAAUCAAAAUAAAUUAAAAAAUUAAAAAAAUAUUUUUGAGUAAAAAAUAUCAAAAAGAAACUUUUACCGACUCCAAUCUGCCCCUUAAAAUAUCAUACUCAACAUAGAGGGCAGCGGCUAAGGAGAUAGAAGAAGAAGAAGAUGGGGAUGAAGCCAGCGAAACAGGCGAUUUUUGUAUUUGGGGCUCUUGCAUUUGGGUGGCUAGCUAUUGAAAUGGCUUUCAAACCUUUCCUCGACAAAGCUCGUUCCGCCGAGGACAAGUCUGAUCCUGCUCGCGAUCCCGGUGAUGACGAUGACUCUGCUGAUCACGCGCAGAAGGACUUGCCUACAGAAUCUGAUGCUUUUGUCUCUGAUGAGAACCCAGCAACUGUUUGAUGAUGAUGACGGUAUGAUUUUUGAAGACUAGAUGUUUGGUUAUAUACAAAAUAGAAAAGGUGGGGCCAGGGGUUAGAGAUCAGUACUUUUAGCGAUAGAUUUGUAGGGUUUAAAUGCCCGGGAAUGGGAGAUUUAUGGGUUCUUAGUUGUAUUAUGUUGGGAUUUUAACCUCCUCUAGUUAUCAAUGCCAGGAAUAUUUUAUCAGAUCUGCCUUGAAUCUUUGAUGGUGCUUUUUUCCCCGUCCUGUUCUCCAGUUUGCGGAUUCAAGAAAUCAAGGUGAUUGUAUAAUCUGUAUAUAAAAAACAUAGUAUUCUAUAUGUAUUUUGGUAAAGCUGAUGUUGGUGGCGCAUGUGUGACGAUGUGAAUAAGGUUUUGAUCAAAUAAAGUAUGAAUCGUGGGCUCGUUGAUUAUAA